AUGUCGGACAGCAAAUCAACUAAGCCGGCAAGCAAGGAUCAGUCCAAGGACAAGGACAGCACUGAUCUAAGGGCAAUCUUAGAUGAGAAUCAAAGAGGCGAGCUGACUUUGCUUGUCGCAACGCUCUCUGAGUCUAUGCGCAAGGUCAUCCUGGACAAUUUCGAUGCUUCUGCUGGUUUGGAUAAAGGCCUUUCGCGCGAGGGUAUGACAGAAGAUGAGAAAAUCAUGGCCGCCGACCCCUCUAAUGCAGAUGUUGGCGCAUAUGAACGCGAACAGAAGCUCAAAGAAGAAAUUACGAAAGACCUGGCGACCCUGAAAAUGAAAAAUCUGAAGAAAGACUCGCUCAAAGCCUACGAUGAAUGGCGUGAACAGGUCAUAACGCGCGUUGGAGAAGUAGUGAACAGCGAACGAACUGCCCAAAAGCAGGUCCAACAAAAUUCCGGAAAUGCUCAUAUUUCUAAACCUCAGGCGCCGAGCACCGUUGGCCGGAUUAUGGAGGUGCCGAAUAAGAUGGUCAACCUGAAGUUCAAGGAUUUGUUCCCUCCUGCAAAGACACCGCUCACCAAGAUGGCCAUGAAUCAGCGGACGUUGAUUCUUCACGCUUUGUUGCUACUCUUGAUUUCUCUCGAGCACUACAAGGCGCAUUCUCGGAUAUUGAUGCUCAAUCUGACAUCAUCCUUGAAGCUGCCACUGAAAACUUUUGAGCAGGACGAGUAUACGACAGGCAAGGGGCUUCUCGAGGCAGCAAAAGAAAUGUCUGCGGAUGAGGAAACGAAGAAAAUGGCCGAGGAGAAUAAGGAGGCGAGAAUCAGAAAGGUCCGUCUUGCGACUGCUGCUGGUGCGGCUAUUCUGGGUGUUACCGGUGGCUUGGCUGCUCCUAUGAUUGCUGCGGGCGUUGGUUCCGUUAUGGGUGGUCUGGGUCUUGGUGCUACCAGUGCCGCCGCUUAUCUGGGUUCUGUCGCCGGAAGCACUGUCUUGGUGGGUGGACUUUUCGGGGCUUAUGGCGGGCGCAUGACCGGGCAGAUGAUGGAUCAUUAUGCCCGAGAUGUGGAAGACUUUCAAUUUCUCCCUGUACACAGCAGCAGCGACAAGAAGACCAGUGAAGAUGAGAAGAAGGGUGCUGAAGAAGCCAGCGAUCAUGAUCAUAAAUUGCGAGUCACGAUUUGCAUUUCUGGCUGGUUGACGGAGAAAGAGGAAGUGGUGAAACCAUGGCGAGUGAUGGGCACUGGAGCAGAAGUCUUCGCAUUGAAGUAUGAACUGGAGGCACUUUUGAAUCUCGGAAAUGCCAUGAAUGGAAUGGUCCAAUCUGCAGCCUGGGGUUAUGCCCAGAAGCAACUUAUCUCCCGGACAAUAUUUGCCGAAUUGGCUUCUGCUAUGUGGCCAAUCGCUUUGGUCCAGGUUGCCAGAGUCGUCGAUAACCCUUUCAGUGUUGCCAAGGCUCGUUCUGAGAAAGCUGGUGAAGUUCUCGCCGAUGCACUCAUCAACCGUGCGCAAGGCGAGCGACCAGUAACAUUGAUCGGAUAUUCCCUCGGGGCAAGAGUCAUCUACACUUGCCUCAUGACGUUGGCAAAACGAAAAGCCUUCGGACUUGUCGAGAAUGCAGUCUUGAUUGGCGCUCCAACUCCGAGUGAUACAAGCGAUUGGCGAGUUCUUCGAAGUGCUGUGGCAGGCCGCCUGGUCAAUGUCUACUCUGAGAAUGAUUAUGUCCUUGGGUUCAUGUAUCGCACUUCAGCCAUUCAGUACGGCGUUGCUGGCCUGCAGAAGAUUGUUGGCUUGGCUGGCGUUGAAAAUGUCGAUGUCUCUGAGGACGUCUCCGGUCACUUGAGGUACAGAUACCUCAUCGGCAGUAUUCUGACAAACAUUGGGUUUGAAGACAUCGAUAUUAACGCAGUCAAGGAAGAACGUAAGGAACUCCAGAAGAUGGAGCAACGGGAGAAAAAGGAGUCUCUACAGUCUCAGCGACGAUGGCUCAUCCGCCGUGAAUCAGCAGGUGGCAAAGUCGAUGAAGAGGUUGAGGGUCAGGCAGAAGCAGCUGAGCUCGAAAAGAAAGUCCAAGAGCAGACCCAGAAAUCUUUAGUGACUAGGGCUAUUGAGUACUUCUAUACCCCAGGAGUUCCUAGUGCAAAAGAUGCACAAAAUGCUGCCGGGAAUAUUCAAAAGAUUUCACAAGAUCCAGCUAAGGCUCGCGAUACUGUUGGAAAGACAGCUGGCGAUGUUCAAGCUUCCACUCAGAGCUAUGCUACCAUGCUGUAUGAAAAAUUGCCGAGCUUGCCACAUAUGCCUCGUUCAACACCAGCAAGCAACGCGCAAAAAUCUGCUCCUACAAGCACCAAGAAGGUCACAGGUCAGACAGCAAACACUACCAAGGAUGUGUCGAGCUCAACCCAAAGCUAUGUUCAGCAGGCGUCUUCCUACCUUCAAUCAGUGCCCAGCAUGCCAUCACUGGUUGGCACUGACAAGCAGGCAAAGAAGACUCAGAAGAAAUCGAAAACCGCAACUGAAAUACCAGCCGACUAUGCUUCGAAAGCCGCAGACACAACAGUAUCAGCAGUCAAGGGUACCGCAGGUAUUGUUUCGGACGUGGUGACACCGGCAGUGAAGAACACUUUGGAUCCCAAAGGCAACCCUGGUGUCAAGUCGGCUCAAAAGGCCACACGGCAAGCACCCAUCAUCCACCAAGCCAAAGACCGCACUCCUGCAACUGGUAAGAAUUCGGCAGGAAGUGUCUCGAAUACUGUUGGCGCAAGGACACAAAAUACGGGACAAAUCGUACAGAAAGGUUUGGACACCUCGACAGACAAAGCUGGCGGUGCAGCAAAGGCUGCUGCAUCAGAGGUGACACGCGCCGCGAAUGCAGGACAGUCCUACACCUCACGGGCGGCGUCCUAUCUCCCUGAACUUCCUAGAAUGCCAUCCCUUGGCUUUGGCGGACGAGGUACUAAAGACACAAAGAAAGCACCACCCAAACUCCAGAAGCGAGCAAGUUCAUCCAAGAACGUCGACGCCACCAACACGACCUCUGAGCAACAGGCACCGCCAAGACUCGAACAUCGUUCCAGUUCAAACAAGAAUGGCAACGCAGCGAGAACUCCUUCAUCUGCAGGAGAACAAACCUCACCAGCACAGAUUCUCUCUCGUGCUGCCUCGGGCCUGAAAUCUCCGUCACUACCGACGAAGUUCGACCGCACGCCUUCUGGGAUCAAAUCUCCUGCCUUACCAACGCGACUCGAUCCCACUACUGGGGCACGAUCACCCCCGACCUCGGUGCCCACGCCCGACCUAGUCCGACGGAUCUCGUCAGGCCUCAGGUCUCCUCCGCCAAAGCUGGGCUCACGGUGGACCAGUGGCCAACUCAACCAAGGGCAGGGUGUCGGGCCAGAACCCAAGGCGCUGGGCGAGAAGUUGAGCGGCAUGCAUUCUAGAGCAGUGGAUGUUGGGAAGGGUGCUGGUGGGAAGGUCAUGGACUCGGUAGGGGCAGGCAAAAGUGGCGACUCAGCUAAUGCCAACAUCAAUUCUCCUGCUCCCAAUUCGCGAGCAGGCAUCAGAAAGUCCAACGACCCCUCCACGAAUGUCAGGUCCCCUACCUCAGGGAGCAAAAGCCCAGCACCAGCACCAGCACCAUCAAAAAAAGCUCAAGAAACGAUUAUUAGCGCCGGAACUACCCCUUCCAUCCCGGAUGCCGGUGCAGCAAAAGGUGUAACGGAUGCUGCGUCUUCCGGCGUCCAACAAAGUGCUGGCAAAGCCGUUGAUACGGGCAAGGCUGUGACACAGCAGGGUGGAAAGACUCUGAGCAGUCUUGGUCGUGGUUUAGGGUUUGGAAAGUAA